AUGGCUCAUUCGGAUCAGAUCUUAGCACUAAAGAGAAAGCGUACGUCGAUAAAGGCUGCGUGUACCCGAAUAAAAACAUACGCGGAUUCGGUGACUCAAUUGACGCCGGAAACGGUAGCAAAUUUAGAGGAAAGAAAAGAUAAAUUAGCUAGCUAUUGGAAGGAGUAUAAUGAUUGGCAAUCUGAGAUAGAGGCGAUCUGCGACGGUGAGGGAGGAGAUCGCGAGGCGUUUGAAGAAAUGUUUUUCGGAUUGACGGCAGCGUUGCGCUGCAAGAUUGCGGGAUAUAAUCGCGGGCCUUCCAAUAGCCGCUCCGCAGUGUCUACCCCGGUAUCCGUCGGCGAGUCGGGCACCUCUGCAUGCGGAGUGCGAUUACCGAAAUUAGAUCUACCAAAAUUCGCGGGAAAAUACGAGGAUUGGUUUCCUUUUUAUGAAAUGUUUAACUCCAUAAUAAAUGAUAAUCCGUCCUUGAGCGGCUUCCAAAAAUUUCAAUAUUUGAGAGCAUCUAUGACAGGCGAGGCAGCAAUUAUAAUUCAAUCGCUGGAAUUGACUGAUUCAAAUUAUCAAGUAGCUUGGGAUUUAUUAAAACAGAGAUAUGAUAACAAACGCGCUAUAGUGCAUACGCAUCUACGCGCCCUGUUCGAGCUGCCGAAUAUCGCGAAAAAAAAUGCUGUUGAGCUGCGUAGGGUGGCGGACAAUGCCGCGAAACACAUACAAACAUUGAAGGCACUGCAUUGCCCCACGGAGCAUUGGGACACGCUGCUUAUAUACUUAGUUUCGUCUAAAUUCGAUCCGAUUACAGCUAGAGAGUGGCAGGCGUCGUUGACCGGAACAGAGUUACCCGCGUUCAAGCAGCUCUCGGAAUUUUUGGAGCACAGAUGCAAUUUGCUAGAAUCGUUGAAUCGCGGAAAUUUACAAACUCAGCCCGCCGGAAAGCGUUUGGCAGCUCAUGUCGCGACUGCCUCUUUGUCGUGUGAAUAUUGCCAGGGAAAACAUCUCAUUUAUUAUUGUCGUGAGUUUAUUAAACUGCCGGUCGCUCGACGAAUCGCGGAAAUAAGGAAGCGCAAGCUAUGCGCAAAUUGUCUUCGCGGGGGCAAUCAUUAUGCCGCAAAAUGUAAAAUGGGCGCGUGUAAAACAUGCGGAGCCAAACAUAAUUCGAUGCUUCAUCUUCAGGCGGAUUCGGGCGACAUUACUGAAAAGGGAAAGGCCGAAGGUGAGCCGUCUCCGGAAACGACAAAAGAAAAAAUAGUUAUGACUCAGGUGUCCUCCGCGUGGAACGCGCAUGUAUUGCUUUCAACGGCAAUUGUGUAUAUAAUAGAUGCUACUGGAACGAGACAAUCAUGUCGGGUUUUGCUGGACAGCGGCUCGCAAGCGAAUUUUAUAACGCGAGAUUGUGUCAAGAGAUUAAACUUAAAGCCAUCGACGGGCAGUGUUAGAAUCACCGGAAUAAAUGGCAUGACAAGCGACGCCAACGAGAUCGUGAAAGUAAAAUUACAUUCUCGUUUGAGCGGCUUCUGCGCGAGUUUGGAGUGCGUUUUGACGAACCGCAUAACCGAUCGGAUACCUACGGCACCUAUUAAUCGAGAAAGGAUACAAAUACCUAAUGGGAUUAAAUUAGCUGAUCCGGAAUUUCAUAAAUGCUCCGAUAUCGAUAUAUUGAUAGGCGCCGAUAUAUUUUGGCAGCUGCUUUGUGUGGGGAGAUUGAAGUGUUCCCGAUCGCAUCCCACGCUACAAAAAACGCUUUUCGGAUGGAUUGUCGCCGGCCGUGUGGAGGUCACCGCUCGCGACGCCCGCGGGCGCGAGGUGAGAGCGUUUCACAUUUUGGUGGCGGAUGCCGCCUUGCAAAAUCAAUUAGCCAAAUUCUGGCAGAUCGAGGAAGAUUUUCGGCCGUCGGAUUCGUACACUAGCGCGGAGCGUUUUUGCGAGAGACACUUCCUCGAUAAUACUAAAAGAAAUGAAGAGGGUCGAAUAAUAGUCACGCUUCCGAUUAUUAAACAGAAAUUAGAGAAUCUCGGAGAAACGCGAGACAUAGCAAUGCGGCGUUUUUGCGGGCUAGAAAGACGACUGAAUCGCGAUCCAGGAUUAAAAUCGCAAUACACGGCAUUUAUGCGCGAGUACUUGGCCCUUGGGCAUAUGAAAUUAGUAAGGGAGGAAAAUGACAAAGACAAGGGAUUGCCGACGUACUAUUUGCUGCAUCAUUGUAUAUUAAAGACGUCAAAUGAAACGACUAAAAUCAGGGUGGUUUUUGAUGCUUUAUGCAAGAGUUCGACAGGGGUUUCGUUGAACGACGCUCUUAUGAUCGGGCCGACGGUGCAGCAGGAUUUAUUUUCCAUUGUAUCGAGGUUUCGAAUUUUUCGAUUCGUAUUCUCCGCAGACAUCGCCAAGAUGUACCGGCAGAUAUUGGUCGAUCCGCAGCAGACGCGACUGCAGCGUGUUCUGUGGCGAGAUGAGGUCACCGAGAGCGUGCAAACAUACGAAUUAAUAACGUUGACAUACGGUACAGCGGCCGCGUCAUAUUUAGCUACUAGAGCGCUGCAAUUUUUGGCCGAGAUGUACGCGGAGGAAUUUUCCGCGGGAUCCCGGCGAGUGAAACGCGAUUUUUACGUUGAUGACCUGCUAACGGGAGCGGACACAAUCGAGGAAGCAUUAGCGUUGAAAAACCAGAUCGUAAAGAUUCUGAACCGCGGCGGAUUUCAACUGAGCAAGUGGCAUUCAAACGAAUCAGUAUUGAUAAAUGAUAUGUAUGAUAAACAUAACGCCAAGGUUCAAAUUGAUAGAGACGCGACGUCGCGCAUCCUCGGAAUUCUUUGGAAUCCGUCGGUGGAUGCCUUUCGGUUCGCGAUUGAAUUGCCGACUGACUCACACAAGAUAACGAAGCGCGUAAUAUUGUCGGAGAUAUCAAGAUUAUUUGACCCGUUGGGAUUAAUCGGUCCGGUUAUUAUCAUACCAAAAAUGCUGUUACAGGAGAUUUGGCAAUUAAAAAUACAGUGGGAUGAAUCGAUUCCGCUGGAUAUGCAUGCAAGAUGGUCCGCGUUUAAGAGACAAUUAAGAGAAUUAAAUGAUUUAAGCGUCCCGAGGUUUAUAGGGGAAAAUCAAGAGGGGGCUCGCGUUCAGAUACACGGGUUUUGUGACGCCAGCCAGCGGGCGUAUGGCGCGUGUUUGUAUAUUCGAAGACAAGUAGAUGGAAACGAAGUGCAGAUUGAUCUGUUGUGCUCUAAAACAAGAGUAGCCCCACUCAGAGUGAUUUCGAUUCCGCGACUCGAGCUUUACGCGGCAUUAUUGCUGGCACAAUUAUUGGACAAAGUGCGUUCAUCUAUUGACAUAAAGGACGUGCGGUAUACUUUGUGGUCGGAUUCCACGAUCGCGCUGAGAUGGAUUUCGUCGUGCUCGAGAAAAUGGUCGGUUUUUGUGUCAAAUCGCGUUGGAGAAAUACAGCGAUUAACUUCCGGUUUGGAUUGGCGGCACGUGCCGACAACCGAAAAUCCUGCGGAUUUACUAUCUCGGGGCGUCCACCCGCAUGACAUCGGGAAUGCCGCGCUAUGGUGGCGAGGUCCCGCGUUCUUAAAGAGCAGCGAGGAGUCGUGGCCAAGCGUUGGCGAAUAUGUCCCGGAGUCCGAGAUGCCGGAGAGGCGGCGGAUAGUUGCUGCUGUAGCUGGCGUGGUGGCAUCGAACCCCUUUUCGGAGCUUAUAGUUAGAUGUUCGAGUCUAGAUAAAUUGUGCCGAAUUGUUGCAUAUUGCAGGCGAUUUAUUGGACCGCGUCUGCGAUCCGAGGGAGACGUGGGCGUUCACGUCUUGCACGUGGAAAUCUCGGCCGCAUUGGAAAACAUUUGCAAGCUGGUGCAAGGCAAACGAGUUCGGGCAAUUAAAGAAGGGAAACGCUCUCACUUCCGCUAG